CACCACGGUAGAGAGUGGGCGUGAUUGUUCCGGGCAAAUGGUUUUCCCUUCAUGAAGUGAGUUUUGAGCCUGUUAAUUUAAUUGUGACAGGCAAGUGGUUGUCAUUCUCCAUAGUGUCGGGGAACGAGUCAGACACCCGAGGAUAAGUUGCUGCCAUUUGUCAAGAGUUACGGUGGUCGACAUGGCAGGGUGUACAUGUCCUGUCCUUAUCCCUCAGCGAGCCAUGGUGCUGGACUUAUGCUAGACUCUCCCCAGAGGAACACUGUUUCUGUGGAUGUCCCACACUACCUGGUCUAUGAAGAGCUUGUGAAAAGAAUGAUUGGCGGUAUCGUUAUUGUGGCGCCUCCCGUGCAUGCGGCCGUCCCGCCUAAUUACCCGGUCACCUUGAAGAUUCAAGCGGAGGGGCAUGGCCGCCUGGCUUACCAGUGGUUCACGUUUAGAAAUGAUGAGAUCAUUGAGGUACCGAAUGGGGCUGAGGCAAAACUGGUGGUUAUUCCCCAGAAGUCUCAACGCUAUGUGUGCCGUGUGAGCGACCAUCACUUCAACUAUGUAUUUAGUGACUGGAUCAGGGUCGACGUCCUGGACAGUCCAUCCUCAGGUCUCCCAAUAAAUUGGGAUGGGUCACCCCACAUUGUGGUCCACCCCAAAUCCCAAAAGGUUAAGCCAGGAAAACAGGUGACCCUAAACUGUGAUGCCUUUGGCAUACCCCCUCCUGAUUACCAGUGGUACAGAAAUGGCAUCAUCAUAAAGGACAAGACAACCAAGGCACUCCAGAUUGACUGUGAGAAUGCUGAGAAUGCCGGUUCGUAUCUCUGUUGUGUCACAAAUGUAAACGGGGAGUCCUGGACAGAAGCAGCCGACGUAGAAAUCGUGCCUCUUGACCAGCCUCGUGUCUCUCGGCCUACAGCGACAGGCAAAGUGGCUCUCCUGAUAGGGAACUUGAAUUACUCCUGCCACCCCCCACUCAUGGCCCCAACCAUGGAUGUGUAUGAGCUGGCUCAGCACCUCCAGCAGCUGGACUUCAGGGUGGUGUCUCUCCUGGACCUCUCCAAAAAGGAAAUGAAUGCUGCCAUCGAGAAGUUCCUGCAGCUGCUGGACAAGGGAGUGUAUGGCCUAUUCUACUAUGCUGGUCAUGGGUAUGAACAGACGGGCAGGAACUACAUGGUGCCCAUUGAUGCACCACGUCCCUACAACACGGGGGACUGUGUGUGUGUGCAGCGCAUAAUGAAGAUGAUGCAGGAGCGCCGCACGGCUCUUAACGUCAUCCUGCUGGACACCUGUCGCAAGUGGUACGGAAUGGACAAGAGGUACAGACAGCAUCUCAAUGUCUCAGAAAUAACGCCAUUGGCACCACUGGGCAACACCGUGUAUGGCUAUGCAACGUGUGAAGAUGCUGAGGCCUAUGAGGUGCAGGACGCCAGAGGCAAGAGUACAGGAAUCUUCACCAAAUACUUGAACAGGCACAUUCUGCAGCCAGAGAAAGUCACACACAUCCUGGAGCAGGUUUCUGAGGAUCUGGGCAGGGACCCGCUGGUGAUGGGCAAGCAGGUGUGUGAGAUCAAACACACACUGAAGGAGCCAAGGGCACUAACGGACCCCGUGAGGACAGCUGGACACACCUGCGAAGUGCGCGUGAGGGACAGCUUCUGGAGGAGUGCCAACGUCUUGCCCAAGAAGGAGCUUCUGGCUUUUCCUAGUGGUGUCAAAGUGGAGCUUAGUUUCUCGGCGUUGUUCUCAAACGUCCUGGUCGUCUUUGCUACAGUGAAGGACACGGGGCCCAAGGCCCAGGACUGUACCGUCAUCCUGACAAGUGCGCCGGGUCUCGAAGACAUUUUCUCUGGGCCGGAUCGGUCAGAGGAGUUGGAUUCUCUUCUGAUGAGUCAAUCUGAUAACGCUGACUCCACUCUUCGCCUCUGCUGUCUUCAGAGACUUCAGACAUCCUUGGAGAUCAAGGUGGACUUGCACUACAUGGACAUUGACAGUGGACGGAGACUCAAAGAGAGUAGAUCUUUGCCUGUGGGGAAGCCAUUGGUUGCGGCCUGUUCACUGAACUCGGCCAGGCCCCCAGGAGCCACAGGGGGGCAACAGGGCCCCCAGUCCUACAGUAGCCGGCCGAAGCAGGGCGAGGCGAGGCUCUCGGCACGGCCACAAACACGCAAGGCGGAGAAUGCAGUAGACAGCAGACUGUGGGUUCCAUCCACCAGUGGCAACCAGCCAGAGGAGAAUGAUGAAAGCGACAUCCAUAAUUUUAUUUAGGGAAUAAUGUUUAGUCUGAUGGUCAUUCUUAAAAAAAAAACAACAACAACAUCCAGACAGGAUGACAGAUCAUGUUUUGUCCUGAUGGGAUCUGUUUUUCAAGAAUGACCAUAGAAAACUGACUAACAUGGACUGUACAUUAUUCCACUUAUUAUAUGGUUACUUACCAAAAUGAUAGAAGACAUUCCUCAAGACAUCUCUUUUUUUAUGAUUUUGUUGCAAAUUCAUAGCUUCUGCUGAGAAAAAUAGUUAUUCAAGCAAGUAGAUCUAUCAGAAGUUUCAGGUGUUCUGAAAACAUUACUGACAAUGAAUUUCUGUAAUGACAAGUAAACAGGUUACUUGCAGAAUAUGAUAUGAACAUGAGAAUUAGAUGUACAAAACCUGUUGUCAAUGGCAGGUGUCAUUGAUUUCCUGCCGUGAUUAGGUAAUAUCAGACCUCUAAGGUUGAGAUGGCCUAUUCAAUUCAUUGGCACCUUUUUUUGCAACAUUUUGAAGAGUCUUAUAAAAACUUGAUGUCCCUGUCUUUUCUGUGCGAUGAUAUUCAUGUAUUUUUACUUGGUAACGAACAGAGGGGGAAAUCUUGAUUACGAACAGAGGGGGAAAUCCUGCUAUCUCAUUCAAUGAGAUGAGAUUUCUCCUGCUAUCCUGCUAUCUCAUUCAAUGAUGCUUUAAUAAUGCUUCAGUAAUCAAGGACCUGAUGAAACAUUGGCAUUAAUGAAGCCUUACAUUUAUGAAGGAUGUUUGGUAGACUACAUUUCCUUUUUCAUGUUACGAUAAAUGCCAGAAGUCAGAAACUAUCAGGUGUGAUUUAAAUGUUUUAUUUGUUACCGAUUUUCCGAUAUUUCCGAUCUUAGAUUCGGCUUUGAGUCAGAAAUGAAAUGGUUUUGAUAGCCUACAUAUUGUAGGCUUGUUUAAGUACAUCUCACCUUGGAAAAGUAGUUCUCAGUUUAUGUGUUAUUUAUUUCUUAAUGUUGAUCAACUGUACAAGGUAAUUUUGUCUUUACGUAAUGACAGUAAAAAGAAACCUACUUAUUUGUUCAUUGACGUGAAUGAAUGUUGUAUCUUAGCUCUGUAUUUGAGCUUUAAUAAAAAAGGAAAAUAAAUCA